AUGGCCCUCAGAGGUGAAGGGCUGCCGUCUGGGGCCGUCAUCGACAAAGCCGCCUACCAGGAGUGGCAGACAGAGGUGGUGGCCGCUUUCUAUGAAGAGGGCCGCCGCUGCAUUGAGCUGUUUCCCCAAACUGGGGCCCCGGCGGUGCUGCAGAAGCGGAAGUUCAUCCUCUAUGCACUGGAUGCCGCUGGCGGAACCAUGUCAGAGGAUCUCCCUGGAAAGGAGCCGCUGAUGAUGUUCCAUGUAGGCUCGCACACUCUGGAUUACGUGAAGAGGGGUCUGAAGGACGGCGUCUUCUCGUACCCGGCUUGUGACCUUGGAGGGCUUUCGAACUACCCGCAGAAGCUGGUACGUCGGAGAGCCCUUGGAGGUCAAGAAGAACAGCAACCUUUAUGA